AUGAUUCAAGAGCAUGCUCAUGAUGGUCGUGCACAUUGCGUUGGAAUGGGCACGAGCGGGUUCAUUGUCUUGGACAUCGUCAGGAGACAUCCUGGUGUCGUUUCGAGUGGUUUCGUUUCAGGGGCAUGGCCGCAAAAAGGUGUGCGUCUCACAGUUGCUAGGCAUCCUAGACUCCUCUACGCUGGGCUCUGGUCGAUCUUGCACUCCCGCUCGCUGUUUUUCAAACUAUCUGGGUAUAGCGGCGAGUACCACAAGGACGAGUUGUUGGAUUCGAUCAAGCGAAACGGAAGCUCACGUCUUGCUGAAGCUGGAUGCGCAUAUGCUAAGGAAUGGCAAGACGUCCAGUUCGUGGAGGCUGGCGUAGCUGACAAAAGAAUAUGUAUGGUUGCAGGGGGGAAGUCAGACGAUCCAGAUGGUGUACGCGAAGCUGCAAAACUACUCAAAUCUCAAAGCAAUGGAGGUGAAGGUUCUACAACCUGCGCCUACCACGUGCGUGAGGCCAUACUCUCCUGGAACCUGCAGUUCCCACAGCUCUUUGCCAAUGCCAUUCAAUGCUGGAUAGAGCAUUUGCCUAUGCCAGAUGAGUUUGAGGAUAUGCCUAUAUAA